GCCCGGGCGAGAGAAGAGUCGGCGGCCGGAGCCGUCACCCCGGGCUGGACCGAGCGCAGGCGACUAAGCGUGGCGGCCCGGCCGAGGGAGGGAGCGAGCGGGCGGGCGAGCCAGAGAGCGGACGGGAGGCAGCCGCUGGCGCCCGAGGGGCCAAGAGAGAUUGUAAACCAUGGCUGUGUGGAUACAAGCCCAGCAGCUCCAAGGAGAUGCUCUUCAUCAGAUGCAAGCAUUGUAUGGUCAGCAUUUCCCCAUUGAGGUGCGGCAUUACUUAUCCCAGUGGAUUGAAAGCCAAGCUUGGGAUGCCAUCGACCUGGACAAUCCCCAGGACCGACCCCAGGCCACCCAGCUCCUGGAGGGGCUGGUGCAGGAGCUGCAGAAGAAGGCAGAGCACCAAGUGGGGGAAGAUGGGUUCUUACUGAAGAUCAAGCUGGGGCACUACGCCACGCAGCUCCAGAACACGUAUGAUCGCUGCCCCAUGGAGCUGGUCCGCUGCAUCCGCCAUAUUCUGUACAAUGAACAGAGGCUGGUCCGAGAAGCCAACAAUGGUAAUUCUCCGGCUGGAAGUCUCGCCGAUGCCAUGUCCCAGAAACACCUUCAGAUCAACCAGACAUUUGAGGAGCUGCGACUGGUCACUCAAGACACAGAGAAUGAGCUGAAGAAGCUGCAGCAGACUCAAGAGUACUUCAUCAUCCAAUAUCAAGAGAGCCUGAGGAUCCAGGCUCAGUUUUCCCAGCUGGCCCAGCUGAACCCCCAGGAGCGUCUGAGCCGGGAGACGGCCCUCCAGCAGAAGCAGGUGUCCCUGGAGGCCUGGCUGCAGCGCGAGGCCCAGACGCUGCAGCAGUACCGCGUGGAGCUGGCCGAGAAGCACCAGAAGACCCUGCAGCUGCUGCGGAAGCAGCAGACCAUCAUUCUGGAUGACGAGCUGAUCCAGUGGAAGCGGCGGCAGCAGCUGGCGGGGAACGGAGGGCCCCCCGAGGGCAGCCUGGACGUGCUACAAUCCUGGUGUGAGAAGUUGGCGGAGAUCAUCUGGCAGAACCGACAGCAGAUCCGCAGAGCUGAGCACCUCUGCCAGCAGCUGCCCAUCCCCGGCCCCGUGGAGGAGAUGCUGGCUGAGGUCAACGCCACCAUCACAGACAUCAUCUCAGCCCUGGUGACCAGCACGUUCAUCAUCGAGAAGCAGCCCCCUCAGGUCCUGAAGACCCAGACCAAGUUCGCAGCCACCGUGCGCCUGCUGGUGGGCGGGAAGCUGAACGUGCACAUGAACCCCCCCCAGGUGAAGGCCACCAUCAUCAGUGAGCAGCAGGCCAAGUCGCUGCUCAAGAACGAGAACACCCGCAAUGAUUACAGCGGGGAGAUCUUGAACAACUGCUGUGUGAUGGAGUAUCACCAGGCCACGGGCACCCUCAGCGCUCACUUCAGGAACAUGUCCCUGAAACGAAUUAAGAGGUCUGACCGUCGUGGAGCGGAGUCGGUGACAGAAGAAAAAUUUACAAUCCUGUUUGAAUCACAGUUCAGUGUUGGUGGAAAUGAGCUGGUUUUUCAAGUCAAGACCCUGUCCCUCCCGGUGGUGGUGAUUGUUCAUGGCAGCCAGGACAACAAUGCGACGGCCACUGUUCUCUGGGACAACGCUUUUGCAGAGCCUGGCAGGGUGCCGUUUGCGGUGCCUGACAAAGUCCUGUGGCCGCAGCUGUGCGAGGCGCUCAACAUGAAAUUCAAGGCCGAAGUGCAGAGCAACCGGGGCCUGACCAAGGAGAACCUCGUGUUCCUGGCGCAGAAGCUGUUCAACAGCAGUAGCAGCCACCUCGAGGACUACAACGGCAUGUCCGUGUCCUGGUCCCAGUUCAACAGGGAGAAUUUACCAGGACGGAAUUACACUUUCUGGCAGUGGUUCGACGGUGUGAUGGAAGUGUUAAAAAAACAUCUCAAGCCUCAUUGGAAUGAUGGGGCUAUCUUGGGUUUCGUGAACAAGCAACAGGCCCACGACCUACUCAUUAACAAGCCUGACGGGACCUUCCUGCUGAGGUUCAGUGACUCUGAAAUUGGUGGCAUCACCAUUGCUUGGAAGUUUGAUUCUCAGGAAAGAAUGUUUUGGAAUCUGAUGCCUUUUACCACCAGAGACUUCUCCAUCCGGUCCCUGGCUGACCGCUUGGGAGACCUGAGUUACCUUAUCUACGUGUUUCCUGACCGGCCAAAAGAUGAAGUGUACUCCAAAUAUUACACCCCAGUUCCCUGCGAGCCUGCCACUGCUAAAGCAGUGGACGGAUACGUGAAGCCACAGAUCAAGCAAGUGGUCCCUGAGUUUGUGAGCGCCUCUGCGGACUCUGCCGGGGGCAGCGCCACCUACAUGGACCAGGCCCCCUCCCCAGCCGUGUGCCCCCAGGCUCAUUAUAACAUGUACCCACAGAACCCUGACCCCGUCAUCGACAACGAUGGGGACUUCGAUCUGGACGACACGAUGGACGUGGCGCGGCGCGUGGAGGAGCUCUUAGGCCGGCCUAUGGACAGUCAGUGGAUCCCCCAUGCGCAGUCGUGACCCCCCGUGGCCACCUCCAGCUUCUUCAUCCUCGCCAGAGGAGUUACUUUUGUGGAUGUUUUAAUUCCAUGAAUCGCUUCUCUUUGGAAACAAUACUCAUAAUGUGAAGUGUUAAUACUAGUUGUGACUUUAGUGUUUCUGUGCAUGGUGGCACCAGUGAAGGGAAUGUGAGUGUGUGGGUGUGGGUGAGUGUGUGAGAUUGCACGUUGGGCUGUUUCUUCCCCUUGCUGUCCGGAGUUUAGCUGCAGCACUGGGGCCACAAACAGAGGCUGUGGUUGUUUUAACCUUGUGCAGAAAGGCAGUUAGUUCCAUGAACCCUGGAACUUGGCCACGUGUUUUGAGGGUGACUGAACUUUGACAUGUGGCUGUUCAAGUGAGAGAAGGACAGAGGGAGGUGAAAGCACCUCGUGUCUGGUGAGUCUUUGUCACUGUGUCUGCCAAGCCAUUGAUACAUAAACAUGAUUGUCUCCACUUUUCUUCUGAAACGUAGAAGCUGCCUUUUCACAAAGAAAACCAGUCCUCCCUCCUUCCGUGUCCCCCAGUUCCCGUUUUCCUCGGUAGGGAUGGGAGAAGGGGGGACAUACAACAAUCGCUGGGGCAAGGGAAGAUAUGGGUUUUCUGAUGGGUAGUGGCUUUUCAAAUAACCCGUAACCCGUC